AUGGCUGCCGAGGGACCCGGCCCCGGCGCCCGGCUCUGGGCGGCGGCGCUGCUCCUUCUUGGCCUGCCGCGCCUCUCCACGCCGGCGAAUGGGAAGCUCUUCGUGCUGGAGUCUCAGAACGGCUCUCAGGGCCUGGCACUGGAGGCCGCGCGGCUUUCCUGCAGGAGCAGAGGUGCUCACCUGGUGUCUGCAGAUGAGCUGCGGAGGGUGGUCCAGGACUGCGCCUUAGCGGUGUGCACCACGGGCUGGCUGGCGGACGGCACCCUAGGGACGACUGUGUGCAGCAAGGGGAGGGGUGAGCAGCAAGCCGUGCGAGCUGUCGAUGUGAGGGUUGAAAGCAGCCCGGUUCCUGGGGGUACCUACAACGCGCUGUGUAUUAAGGAUGAAGAGAAGCCGUGUGGAGACCCGCCCUCGUUCCCACACACCAUCCUGCAGGGCCGCACCGGCUUGGAGAUGGGGGACGAGUUGCUGUACGUGUGCGCCCCAGGCCACGUGACUGGCCAACGCGAAACCGCCUUCACCCUGCUGUGCGACAGCUGCGGGGAGUGGUACGGGCUGGUCCAGGCCUGCGGGAAAGAUGAGGCAGCGGUACACAUUGACUAUGAAGAUAAUUUUCCUGAUGAUAGAUCCGUGUCAUUCAGAGAGCUCAUGGAGGACUCCCGCACAGAGGCAGAGGAGGACAGAAGUCAGGGAGAACCCUCUGAGGAGGCUCCAAAACAGGACCGUCUGGUCUCUAUGCCUGUGGCAAGGGAAGACAGAGCCCAGGAUACAGGCUUUGUGCCAACCACAGGCCUGCUGGGCGCUGGGAGCUCCGUCCCCACAGAGCUUCCGGGAUCCCAAGGCAGCGGGAAGGACGUGCUCUGGUCUCCUGCUGGGACCUUCCACAAGCCUGAGUGGGAAAAGGAGAUGGAUGAUGAUGCCAAAAAGCACCUUCCUGCUGGAGACCACCACAGGGGCAGCACGUUGGCCCCAGGGGAGCUGGAAACCAGGGUCGUCUACCACAACACUGAUGGUCCCUCGGGGCCCCCGGUGGGCAGGAAUGACAGCGGGGCUGGUGACGCCAUGGUGAGCAGCAGCGAUGAGUCCUGGUUAGAUGGCUACCCUGUGACCGACGGGGCCUGGAGGCAGACAGAGGCAGGAGAGGAGGAAGACGAGGAAGAGGAGGACAAAGGGAAUGGGUCAGCAAGGCUGGAAGCAAGGAUGCUGAUUACGCCCAGCCAGCCCGCUCUUGCGGGAAGGAAGGGGUCCAGGAGCACCGCGCGCACACCCAGUGAGGCCGUGACUUCACUUCUUCCAUCUCAAACGCUAGAUGGAGAAGCUUUGGCUCUCAGACCCAUGAAUGUGUCUGAAACUGAGGGUCCUGGCAAAGGGGCUGGUGACUUGACGGGAAAUCAGUCAACCGUUCCCUGGAGAUAUGCCGCAGAGAAGCCUCCCACGUCCACCCUGCCCUAUGAACUCACCAGCUCUACCCUGGAGACCGAGACGACCGCCGUCCAGAAGACGCCCAGCCUCACUCCCUCAACUGUCGUGGCGGCCACCCAGACCCCCCUGGAGACCACUGUCCCUGCCGUCCAGGACACCUUCCCGUACCUGCUGUCGGAGGACUUCCUGGGACAGGAAGUCCCCGGCCCGGGUGCAAGCGAGGAGCUUCUCCCGACCUUGGAGCCCUGCGCUGGGGGCAAGUGUCCCAGCCUCGGCAGAGGCCCCAUCGUUGCCACGGUCGUCACAGUUCUGUGCCUGCUGCUGUUCCUGGCAGGCGUGGGGGCCGUGUGGGGCUACCGAAGGUGCCAGCACAAGAGCUCCGUGUACAAGCUGAAUGUCGGCCAGCGGCAGGCUCGGCACUACCAUCAGCAGAUCGAGAUGGAGAAGGUCUAG